AUGGAAAAGUACUUAAAAAAAAUCUGGUACGAUCCUCGUCAUGCCGGGUCCUUUGCGGGACCCUCCAAAUUAUAUCAAGUGGUGAAACGAGAGGGUAAAUACGACAUAGGCAUGAAAAAAAUAAAUUCCUACAAAACCAAGAUGCCUAUUCGCUUCAAGAGGAGAAGAGUCAUCGUCCAGGGCAUAGAUUAUCAGUGGGAAGCCGAUCUCGCUGACGUCCAGAAUCUGUCAGAGUACAACAACGGCAUUAAAUUCCUUCUGGUGAUCGUGGACGUCUUUUCUCGCAUGCUUUGGGUCAGACCUUUAAAAGAUAGAAAAGCUAAAACCGUUAUCGAUGCAUUCAAAGACGUAUUCAGAGGACCGAGACACCCCAAAGCCAUCCGCACCGACAAAGGUUCGGAAUUUUAUAACCGUUACCUCCAACAGUAUCUGAAAGAGCAAGGAAUAAAAAUAUUUUAUGCUCUCAACGAAACCAAAGCCAACUUUGCCGAAAGAUACAUUCAGACCUUAAAGAAACGAUUAUAUCGUUACUUUACCCACGUUCAGAAAUACGAGUACCUCGACAUCUUACAAGACGUAGUCCGAUCCAUCAACCACACUCCCAAUAGGUCGCUCAAUGGACGCACGCCGGCUUCGGUCAACAAAGAGAAUGAAGAAGUGAGACUCGACGCUUACCUAGCUCGACGCCGAAAAGACACUGCAACACCGAGGGUUAAGAAAUCCUUUUCGUCAAAGAAGCGCAAAGCCUAUACAUUUAAAGUGGGUGAUCAAGUUCGAAUUACGCAUCUGAGACGAGCGUUUCAGCGCGAUUACGAUCAGACGUACACGGAAGAAAUUUUCGUCGUCAGAGAGCGUUUUAUGUCCCAGGGUCUCCCCAUUUACAAGUUAAAAGACAUGAUGGACGAUCCGAUUCAGGGUACGUUUUAUGCCAGUGAGCUCCAGAAAGUGUCUAAAGACGAACAGACCGUCUGGAGGAUCGAGAAGGUCCUACAGAAACGCAAAGUUCGCGGCCAAGAAGAGGUUCUGGUGCGAUGGUUGGGAUGGCCCAAGAAAUUUGACAGCUGGAUUCCACGAUCCGAUAUAAAAGAGACGUAA